UUUCCCUCUAGAAACUUGUAUUUAUACCUGGACCGUGUUCGUCGGAAAGGGGAACCAAAAGCGGCGGGUCGAUAGGUGACACGGGGACAGGGGUGUCUGUGCUGCUGUCUCACAGCUGGACAACUUUUACUUGCCGAGGAGCCCCGUCAGAGAGACGUGAUGGAGGCAUGUGAGAGAGAAGAGUUGGUGGUGGAUGCCGAUCACCUUGCAGCAGCUCCUAAUGGCAUUGAGAAUGAACUGCUGGAUGUGGGAGAGGAGGACCACAUGCAGGGCCAGAUGGAGGAGUUUCUUGGCCCACAGGCAGAGUACAACGAGGAGGAGGAGGAGAGGAAAUACUACCGGAGGAAGAGACUGGGAGUCAUCAAGAAUGUUCUGGCAGCCAGUGUUGGAGCCAUGAUUGUGUACAGUGUUUAUAUGGGCCUACUACAGAUGCAGCUGAUCCUCCAUUAUGAUAUGACAUACCGUGAGGUGAAGUACAGCAACCUUGGCCUAGUGGACAUCGAUCGCAAAAUGCUGAUGGGAAUCAACGUCACGCCCAUCAUAGGCCUGCUGUACACCCCCAUACUCAUCAGGUUUCUUGGUACGAAGUGGAUGAUGUUCCUAGCUUCUGGAAUCUACGCACUCUUUGUCUCAACCAAUUACUGGGAGCGUUACUACACCUUGGUCCCUUCAGCCGUAGCUAUCGGCGUGGCCAUUGUUCCGUUCUGGGCCUCUUUGGGAAAUUAUAUCACUAGGAUGGCACAGCAGUACUACGAGUACGUCAACUACAGGGAAGAGCACGUGCAGGAGCAGAAGAAGCUUCCUAAGGGAGCGUGCCACAGCUACAUCAUCGUCUUCCAGUCAGUCUUUCACAUGAUCUAUCAUCUGAGUUUUGUCUUCGCGGAGUUCCCCAUGCUGUUCGUCCUCAACGGCCACCUGCGUGAAAAUGAUCACAUUCUCUACAAUGUCAAAGGCUGCGGAGCAAACAUCAGCGGAGUGAUCCCCGGCUUCAACAGCACCGUGCUGCUCAACCUGCCUCGCUCCAUGCUGCUCAUCCAGGUGGAGAGUGUCCUCAUGGGCUUUGCCUUCCUCGCCAUGCUCAUAUUCCUUUUGCUCUGCGGUGCUGCCUACCGCCCGACUGAAGAGAUCGACCUUCGCAGUAUCGGCUGGGGCAACAUCUUCCAGCUGCCUUUCAAACACUUCAGAGACUACCGUCUGCGCCUGCUCUGCCCAUUCUUCAUCUACAGCGGGUUCGAAACACUGUUUGCAGUGACUGGAUUCUCCCUGUCGUACGGUGUCUGCGUUUUGGGCCUGAAAAAGCUGUGGCUCCUCAUAGUGGUCUACGGCCUCUCCUGCUCUGUCUUUUCUUCCCUAUCUCUUUGCCUCCUGCGCCUCCCACGCUGGCUGUGUCUGGCGGCAGGUGCUGCUGUGCACAUUGUGCUGCUGGUAGCUCUCCUUGCGUUGCCUCUUUAUCGUGACAAACCAGAAUAUCUGGGCCCUCUGCUGGUGAUCUCCGUGCUGUGGGGACUCGGCACUGCCCUGAUCAAGACGGGUGUCAACACUCUGCUUGGUAUGCUGUACGCUGAGGACAAAGAACGUCUGGACUUUAUCUACACCAUCUUCCACUGGUGGCAGGCCAUCGCCAUCUUCAUAGUCUACCUCUGGUCCAACCUGCCGAUGAGGGCCAAACUCUCCAUCCUGUUGGCCACUUUGUUACUGGCGUGCUACUGUUAUUGGUUGAUGGAGCGUCGGCUUGCCAGAAAAAAGCCUUAUCGACUCCCUCGCAUCCCACGGCCACGGCACAAGGUCAAAGGCUACCGCUACCUGGAAGAGGAUAACUCAGAUGAGUCAGACUCUGAGAAAAGUGAGGAGGAUGACGAUGAUGACGGGGACAGGAAUGAGGACGGAGAACAUGUGGUGGAGGAGAUGAGAGCAGAGGACAGGGAGGAAGACGGCCAAGACGCAGGGGUCCUGGGAGCUGACUCACCAGGAGCCAGGAGGAGAGGGCCGGAGGGUCACCGCCACAGACAGGAGGACGCCCAUGUGAAGGAGGAGGAGAGAGAGGAGCGUGAGCAAUGGUGAGAGAGAGAGGAGAAACAGGAGGAGAAAUGAAUGGAGAUGAUGGACAGAUUACAGAUAUACAGAAGAGGAAGAGAGUUAAAGUUGUCCUGGAUGUCUUUGCUCUCAUUUCAAUUUUAUAGACUAUGAGGACCAAAAACGUUUUUUUCUGGCCUGUGCUUUUAAGUGCUCUGACCUGCUGGUCAACCAUAAUCACAACAAGGAUCGAUGGUACAGAAACUGGAAAUAUUAUAUUGCUUUUUAACAAUAGGUAUGACAAUCUUAAAAAGUAGAGCACCUUGGAUAAACAAGUCAGAAAACAACAUGAUUGAUUCAUUUGCUGCACAGCUUGUGGCUCAUAUUUAAAAAACGUGCUGGUCAUUACCGAGGAAGUUGCAGUUGCUUUAGUGCUUCUUCGAGUGGAAAAUAUAUUCUCUAACACAGAAGCUAGUUUCAUUUAAAAAAAAGAGAGAACUUCUUUACAAAGAAUCGUCUGAAUGUAUCAGAAAAAGGAAUGAGGAAUUGAUUUUCUCAGUUCACCCUCAGGGUGAAGUGUGUUUUGAGUCAUUUUUAGAGAGUCUGGUCCUGCUGGAGAACAGCGUAAGCAGCAUCAGCUAUAUUUAAUGUUCUGUCUAUGUUUACUUUCAAACCCUUAAAGAAAACAAGCUGACCCAAGGUAUCACCAGAAGCUUGGACACAUGGCUGUUGGCCGAUGUGUAUCCUGGAGGAAGUUAACCAUGCUUUCUGCUGAAGUUUAAUAUGAAGUGCAGUUUGAGUGUUUGUCUCUGUUCUAGUGAAACUUGAUACAGGUACGGCUGGUUGGUCAUGUAUGGCCCAUAAGGUAUGAAAUAGGGAUGUACAGUCAUUAAUAUGUGGAUUCCAUUGUUUAAUAAAGUAAGGUAAAGUAUGGCAGUGAGCAAGAUUAUACAGUCACACUAGCAGCCACUCUUAAGAGGAGUGAUUUGUCAGUAUCCCUCUGAUGUUAGCAUGUUAGCUCACAGUAACAAUGUUUACUUGCUGAUGUUAAGUUGGUUUAAUGUUUGCCAUGUUCAGUAUCUCAGUUCAGUUCGUAAGCAUUCUGAUUCAUGCCAAUUAGCAUUCAACAUAAAGCACAGCUGAGGCUGAUGGGAAUGUCAUUGUUCAUUGCAUUCCCUCUCAUUAUUGUUGAUUUCAAUCAAAAUCAUGAUUGUCAACCUGCUGGUGGCACCAGAGAAGAAGUCAGGGAUUCAGCAAAGUCAUUAGCAUUCUUCUUCUGGGUUUACCAUGAAUAUCUGUCCAAAAUGUUAUGACAAUCUAUCCAAUUUUACAGAGAAGGUAGAAGAUAUCUUCAUGUUUGAUCUUUGCUGAGCUGUUGUAGAAUUUUUUUUAAGGGAGAGGCAAAAGAAGUCUUUUUUCAUUAAUUUUGGGAUAAUGUUGAGGUCAGUUGAAAGAGUGUGUUCAAACAGCUGCUAAAUGUUAAGAAAAACUUUAGAAAUGGAGGUACAGCGAUGCCAUGGCAGACUGACACUUUAGACAAGGAAAAAUUAACUUGUUCAAUUUAAUGCUGAAUUUACAAGAAGGCACAAAUUAUUAAGAAUAAUUUUAUUAGUAGUUCUCCUCACUCAGCAAACCUGAAAACUGUGAGUUUUUGAAGGGAGUCUUAUAGGAUAUGUAUUGCAGUUAUUAAACCAGUAGUUAUAUCAUUUGAAACAUAUUGUCCACCAACAUAAGCUUCAUGUAAGAGAGCCUCAACAUAUACUACAGUGAAUCAUAUGGAAAUUGGCUUGGAGGACGAAGGUUGAGUAGGCGGUCCUUCAAAGUGGCCCAGAGCACAUGUGUGUACACGUGCUGCUGAAAAGUUGUCGUCACAUGCGUCACACCUGUAUUUAGAGCCGUCUGCUUGUAAUUCAUCACUCAGGGCAGGUGUUGAUGCAGGUGUGAACAGUGCCAUCAGUCAUCAGUAAUGCUUUCAGUGACACCUGCGCCUCGGCUGCUAUGACGAGUCAAAAUGUCUGAGGUGAAACAGGUCUCAUAAUUAUGACAACAGGGGAGAUUGGAGACCUGGUAUUGGAUGAUUUGGUGAUUAUGAAUGACUAAAGUUACUAUAUGUUAUAUGUAUAUGUUAUUAUUGCUGUAUCUGUAAAAAGUUGUCACUUAAUUCCCUGUCGUGUAUUUUCCUUUUUCAGCUUAUAAAAUGAUGUACCACACACAAUUUUUAUUUUGUUUGUUUUUUCUUUUGUCAUCUUUAUUGAUAUCUCAUCUAGGCAGCUUUGAGAGAAAAUGAAUCGCUAUGUCAGCGCUCAUGCUUUCAGACCGGUGGUCAAAAGUUCAUAUUGUUUUGUUGGUACUACACUCGCAAGUUUGAUCCAAACCUGCAGUGGGAAGACAAAAUAAAUCCACAUUCUCUUGUGAGUAUUUAUUAUUUCAUUUAUGGCAAAAAGUAAUUCAUGACUUUUUGAUGAACUGACGCCAAAGCAACUUGAUGUUGCACCGAUGCCUGUGAAGUUGUUGAUGAUGUGAUAUCUUGUUACUGAGAGUGUAAUAUUGCUCACAGGAAUAAACUUUGUACCUUGCUCCUAAUUGUGCAUGUACUUUAAACUUAAGGAUGUGUUGUUGUUUGUCUUGUCAGGUAUUACCAUGGAAACUUCAAAGUACAGCAAAUGCAAAGAAUAGCAAGACUAAAUUAAUGUGUUGUUGCAGUUACUGUGACAGUUCGACACAUGCCCGCACAUUUAUAGAACAUGACACCUAUCACUUCUUGUGUCUUUUACUUAUGCAAGAGAAGAAUUACUCUAACGGACUAAAGAAAAAAAAGAAGUAAAUCUUCUGUGAUGACCAAUAAAAUGAUGUGUUGAAGCACCAGCA